UGUUGACCAGCAGGUGUCGCAAUCAUAUGUUUCGAACGCUUCUAAAAAGCUGAGUCAUUUGUGCUCAAGCUAUGAAUUUUUUUUCGCACAAGUUCUCGUAAACCUUACAUAAUUCGCGCAAAGCGUCAUGGGGGAGAAGGUGGAUAUUUGGAGACGACUCUGAGGUGCCUUUGGUGUUGGUUCAGAUGGAGUGUUUGUGAUGAUAGGAGAUUCAGUCACUUUACACACUGAUGUUGAAAUAAACCAGCAAGACCGAAUGACGUGGUAUUUUAAUUACACUCGUAUAGCUCUAAUCACUGGAAAUCAGAGUAAGAUCUGUACAGAUGAUCAGUGUAAAGAGAGAUUCAGAGACAGACUGAAGCUGGAUCAUCAGACUGGAUCACUGAUCAUCACAAACAUCAGAACCACAGACGCGGGAGAUUAUAAACUAAAGAUCACCAGCCGCAACAUUGCAAAUAUCUUCAAUAUUACUGUACUAGAUGUUCCUGCUGCUCAACAAGAUGAAAUGAAGAGAAAAUCAGUGAAGGAGGGAGAAUCUGUCACUUUAGGACCUGGUGUAAUGAAAAAAACAAGUGAUGUGAUGACGUGGUAUUUUAAUGAGACUCACAUCGCUGAAAUCACUGGAGAUCAGAGUAAGAUCUGUACAGAUGAUCAGUGUAAAGAGAGAUUCAGAGACAGACUGAAGCUGGAUCAUCAGACUGGAUCACUGAUCAUCACAAACAUCAUCACAAACAUCAGAACCACAGACUCUGGACUUUAUGAACUGAAGAUCAGCACCAGCAGAUUCAACAUCAGUAGAAGCUUCACUGUUACUGUCACUG